AUGGAAUUUGAUGAGAUCGUUGUGAAAGAGAGCCCGGGACUAUGCCGGUGCUGUCUUUCUGAAGGUUGUUACAAAGACUUGGGUACGGAAUAUACUUGGAUGGAUGAUACAGAAAUUUAUGCUGAUAUGUUAUUGGAAUGUUUUGAUAUAAGUAUAUCUCAACACAAUGAAGGCCCGAAUGGUCCCAACAGGUUGAUCUGUGAGGUGUGCAUUACUAGGUUAAGAGAUGCCAGCAAUUUCAAGAAGCAAGUAUUGGCGUCGGAAAAAAAGUGUGUAGAUAUGAUAGGUCGCGGUGCUUUUAAACCGAAAGCUAAGCCUUAA